AUGCAAGAGAUGUUUUCAAUGUAUAUUGAAAACCGGACUCAGAUCACGUUCAUCGAGUUGUAUGUUGAGUUUGAACAAUCUGAGGCUGACCAGAAUAUUGUAAGGGAAGAUUAUAAUAGUGACAGUGAAGAAGAGUUCGAAAGCAAUUACGAGUUUGUUGGUCCAGAUGGAGAUGAAGAUCAAGUUGAUGGAAAUACGGCUCCAGAUGUGACAGAGGUGGCAAAUGCACUCGCAAACGAACAUCGAACCGGCGGUCGAGCAGUUCAGGUGACUGAGUCACUGGUUCAACCGCUGUAUAAGUACUUAUUAGAGGCUCCUAUUGUCGCAGAUGGUGAAUUUGCCGUCGGUAUGGAGUUCAGUUCCAGGGAAGCUGUUAUUAAGUAUGGGUCCGGGUGUGAUUGGCUUAUCAGGGUUAGCAUGAUCAGCAGGAAGUACUGUUGGGUUAUAAGGAGGUAUAAUGGUAGUCACACCUUGAUAAAGCCAUUGGUUGAGGCUGACCCCUCGUUGAAGGUAAAGUCGAUUAUAGCAGAAGUGCAGUCGAAGUUCAACUACACCGUCAGUUACCGGAAAGCAUGGUUGGCUAAGCAAAGGGCAGUGGAAAAAAUAUUUGGAGGUUGGGAGGCAUCGUUUGAAGCGUUGCCUAUAUGGUUCCAGGCCAUGUGUCAUAAGGAGCCAUCAGCUGUUGUCCAUUUUGAGACUAUGCCUGCAUAUCAAGGCGAUGAGUUGGUGCGUGAUAUUCAAGUGGAUGGGACUCACUUGUACGGAAAGUAUAAGGGUUGUCUACUAGUGGUAGUUUCACAGGAUGGCAAUAACAAUAUCGUCCCAAUUGCGUUUGCUAUUGUGGAGGGAGAGACUUCUGAUGCAUGGCACUUCUUCCUUAGUAACCUUCGUCAACAUGUUGUUACUCGGGAUGGUGUGGGUCUAAUAUCUGACCGACAUGAAUCCAUCAAUGCAGCUGUGGAGCGCAGUAACGGAGCUUGGUCACCUCCUAGAGCUUUUCAUAUGUUCUGCAUCAGGCAUAUAGAGUUGAAUUUUCUGCGAAAAUUCAAGGCACCGUACCUCCAAAAAUUGGAUAUUCGAGGACGGUACGGGAAUACGAAGUGCGUUACCAGCGAUUACGGGAACGGGGGGGAAGCGUACACAAACUGGUUAGACCGAAUUCCUCGCGAACAGUACGCAUUGGCAUUUGAUGGUGGAUACCGAUGGGGUCACAUGACAACGAAUCUAGUGGAAUGCAUCAAUUCAAUGUUGAAGGGUGCACGCAAUCUUCCCGUUACUGCUCUUGUCAAGGCAACAUUCUACAGGCUAAACGAGCUGUUCACCAGAAAAAGAGCGGAGGCAGAAGCGCGGAUUAAUGCUGGCCAUGUGUUCUCCGAUGUCGUGACCUCGAAAUUGCAUGCAAACCAACUUGCAUCAGGAAACAUUCAGGUCAGUUGCUUUGACCGGCAGAAUGAGGUCUUUGAGGUACGUGAGAUGCCAAGCGGACUGGAGUUUGCAGUCGAUCUACGUGGCCUUCGAUGUGACUGUGGUGAGUUCCAGGUGGACCGGAUCCCCUGCAGACAUGUGUUCGCAUGUUGCGCCAACCAGCGACUGGAUUGGAAACUGUAUGUGAAUGAUGUGUAUAAGAUGGAGCAAGUUCGGCGGGUGUACCGAGCAAGAUUUAGGCCACUAGGUAACCCGACUACUUGGCCUGCGUACAACGGUCCUCGCUUCGUACCGAAUCCGUUUCUGAGACGCGUCUCGAAAGGUCGCCCCAGGAUGACGCGCUUCUUGAAUGAGAUGGACACGCGAAUGUUACGUCGUCCUAGGCGAUGUACGCUCUGUGGAGCUGAGGGACAUAGUCGUAGCAGAUGCCGUCAGUCAGCUAGUACACAUGCCGGCGGAGAUGCUCAGUAG